AUGUCCCGGUCCCCGCGGGCCGCCUCUGGCUCCCCGGCCCGGCCCGCCACCGUGCUGGGCACCAUGGGGAUGGGGCGCCGCAUGGACGCGCCCGCCAGCGCCGCGGCCGUGAGCGCCUUCCUGGAGCGCGGCCACGCUGAGCUGGACACGGCCUUCAUGUAUAACGACGGCCGGUCCGAGAGCAUCCUGGGCGGCCUGGGGCUCGGGCUGGGCGGCCGCGACUGCACAGCGAAAAUUGCCACCAAGGCCAAUCCCUGGGAGGGGAAAUCAUUGAAGCCUGACAGCCUCCGGUCCCAGCUAGAGACGUCCCUCCAGCGGCUGCAGUGCCCCCGGGUCGACCUCUUCUAUCUGCACGCACCAGACCACGGCACCCCCGUGGAAGAGACGCUGCGCGCCUGCCACCAGCUGCACCAGGAGGGCAAGUUCGUGGAGCUCGGCCUCUCCAACUAUGCCGCCUGGGAGGUGGCCGAGAUCUGUACCCUGUGCAGGAGCAACGGCUGGAUCCAGCCCACCGUGUACCAGGGCAUGUACAACGCCACCACCCGACAGGUGGAGACGGAGCUCCUGCCCUGCCUCCGGCGCUUUGGACUGAGGUUCUACGCCUACAACCCUCUGGCUGGAGGCCUGCUGACCGGCAGGUACAAGUAUGAGGACAAGGACGGGAAACAGCCCGAGGGCCGCUUCUUUGGGAACAGCUGGGCAAAGGUCUACAGGGAUCGCUACUGGAAGGAGCACCACUUCGAGGGCAUCGCCCUGGUGGAGAAGGCCCUGCAGGCUGCAUACGGCACCAGCGCCCCGAGUAUGACCUCAGCCGCCCUCCGGUGGAUGUACCACCACUCCCAGCUCCAGGGCGCCCAUGGGGACGCGGUCAUCCUGGGCAUGUCCAGCCUGGAGCAGCUGGAAGAGAACUUGGCGGCCACUGAGGAAGGGCCCCUGGAGCCGGCCGUUGUGCAGUCCUUUGAUCAGGCCUGGCGCCUGGUUGCCCACGACUGUCCCAACUACUUCCGCUAGGCUCCUGCCCAGAUCAGGCGCUGAAGAGUUCUUCCUUUUCUGUCGCCUCUUCUGCGCUCUCCCUGGCUGGUCUUUGCCUUAAGCUGGUUUCGCGUGGUCUUCCUCCACUGUCUGGAUCCAGGCGUUACUCUUCUAGACCCCCGCCUCGCUCCCUGUUGCCCUCACAAUGUAUAAUGCCGUGGGCUGAGCCCCUCUGGGGCACUUCCCGUCUGAAUGAAGCCAACCCUAGGCCUGCCUGUAGCCCGGACACUGAGUGGACCCGCAGAUCUGUCUCCUCAGCUGUUGUGACUUGGCUCCUCCCUGCCUGGGCCUUCCUGCCUGAGGGGUGGAACCACGGGCCAGAGCCUCCAUGGGGCAGAGGCGGCGGGAGGGCCCCCAGCCUGGCCUCUUGGUGGGCUGCAGGCGGCCCUCACCUUCCCCCAUGCCAGAGGGAAAGGGGGCCGUCCCCCCUGAGGUGGCUUUUCUCUCCGAAUUAUCUCACUAAAUACUCAGAAAUGGAAGGAUUUGGGCAAAAACCUUGCAAGAAGGGUUAAAAAACCGCAGGAUGCUGUGGGACAUUUUAACACACAGUCAUUUCAGCAGUGGCUAUAAAAAAAGGGAAAAAGUGGGCCUUUCCUGGAGGUCCAGUGGUUAAGACUCUGUGCAGGGGGUGCAGGUUCGAUUCCUGCUUGAGAGGUGAGGAUCCCACAUACUGUGGGGCCCACCCCUCUAAACAAAAGCAGUGCCUCUGCUCGUAGCUGAAGCCGCCUGUCAUCUGCUCAUGCACAGAUUCUCAGCUGUGCUGCUGAGCCCCCCUCUGUCAGAGCAGGCCCGGGCAGCCAGGAACCGUUUCCCUCAGCAAAUCCCUGCUCCAAGCAGGAGACCCCCAAGGCUGCAGAAGAAAUGAGAUCCCAGGUCCGGUUGUUUCUGUUAGAACAUCACGCCUGGGUGAGGGCUGUGAGCCAGGCAGCACCGGAAUCUGUCUCUCAAGUGGCGACAGGGGCUCAACUCAGAAAUGCGGCCAAAGGCACCAAUCAGAGGCGCUCUAGUCCAAAGGAAAGUCCUGCUUGCCGUCUGGAAGGAGACACUCUGCAGAUAUAGUUUGAAUAUUUGAAACUUUGCUUUGUCUUCACCCGUAAUAAAAUGAUGCUUUCCCGAAUGGGGUAAUUGCCCUGCUUGUAUGAUCAGCCGUUGUUGCCCAACAAGCCACCCCAAAACUGAGUUGCUUAAGAUGACGAAGUCUGAAAUGGACCUAAGAAGGUGCAAUUCAAUUUCUAUCAAAACCCCUGCUAGAUUUUUUCUUACAGAUAUUGACAAAAUUAUUUUUAAAUUCAUAUUUGAAAUUCAAGGGAUACAGAAUUGCCAAAACAAGCAAGAGCAAAGUUCUCCAGUUCCUGAUAUCAAAGCUUACUACAAAGCUACAGAAAUAAAAAACAGUAUGGACCGGCAUGAGGAUAGAUAUAGAGACUGAUGGAACAGACUUGAGAGUCCAGAAAUCCAUAAUAGACUAAAAGCAGAAAUAGCUCAAAAGGUCCAACAACUGGUGGAUGCAUAAAUUAAAAGUGAUAUAUCCACACCGUGGAAUAUUCUGCCAAUAAAGAAAUGAAGUAAUGAGACACCUAUGAUGCGGAUGAGCCUGUUUUGCUGUAAGCUUUACUUAAACAUUUUAAGUUCAAAAGAUUUGUCAGCCAAAGAAAUCAGUUGUUACACAUAAACAAUUUUGAUUUUUUGUAAUUAUUUGUCUUAAUUUCAAUAUACAGUUAUUAAAAGAAAUAGAAACAGUAAGGAAAAGUAACUCUACAUAUAUCACCAAAUUGGGCUGACCAACUUCCCGACUUGACGAGUGCUGCAAAGUCCCUUGUUAAUAGCAAUAUGGAGUCGCAACUGGGAAAGGGUCCAUCCCACAGGUGAGACUUCAAAUUGCAGUUUCAGGGCUCCCGCUUAUAAUUCCAGGGUGCAGACUGAUACGCAAAAAUGCAGCUCUCGUUUUACUUUGACAGUGCUGUUUGUUUAACUUUGUGAGUUGUAAGACUUCUUAGACCUGGGGGGCUUGGCCAGGCCUUCGGGGGCUUGAGAGAUUCCAAGACCCCCUCCCCUUCUUAUCUGAAGUGCUGCCUGACAUGCUGUGCUUGCAGCGGGCACAGAGUCCUGCAGCGUCCAUGCAGGUUAGAAUCAGAGGCCUGCUCUCCUGCCUCUGAAGCCUGAGCAAGACUACCUCCCUUUAAUUUCCCUAACAGAACCUUGAAGGUGAUACACAAAGUGAAAAAUGACAGUUCCAAAAGGCCUCAUAUUAUCUGAUUUUCGUGGAAUGUCUGGAAUGGGGAAAUCUGUUAGAGACAGAAACUAGACUUGUGGUUCCCUAGGGCUGAGAGACGGCUUGGAGAUUAGCUGCUAAUGAGUACAGGUUUCUUUGGGGGUGGUGAAAAUGGAGGAAGAGGAGAUUAACUGUUAAUGAGCAGAGGUUUCUUUUGUUGUUCAGUUGCUAAGUCGUGUCCAGCUCCUUGCGACCCCGUGGACUGCAGCACGCCAGGCCUGCCUGUCCUCUAUCUCCCAGAGUUUGCUCAAACUAAUGUGCCUUGAGUAGGUCAUGUUUCUUCUGGGGGUGAUGAAAAUGCUUUAAAUUUGAUUGUGAUGCUUGUACAACACUGAAUACACUAAAAGCAAAAAGACGA